CCCGGCAAAGGAAAGGACGGGGAGGGUGUCGAGGACUAGGGCAGGAGAGCUCAGCCGUCCUCCGGCAGCUGGGGGAAGAGGGAAAAGAACUGAGCGGAGGCAACGCUGCCCUCGUUCGCACAGAGCUUUGCGAGUGGGGCCGCCAGGGACCGGUGGCGAAGGGGGCCUCAGAACCCCCAGCUGCGAGAUGCUCCACGCCCUGGGCAGCUGGAGGAGCAACUGUGCGUGCUCUGCGGAGGGCCGCCGAAUCAUGUCGAUGAGCCCAAAGCAUACGACUCCUUUCUCAGUGUCUGACAUCUUGAGUCCUUUGGAGGAAAGCUACAAGAAAGUGGGCAUGGAGGCCAGUAACUUGGGGGCUCCCCUGUCAGCCUACAGACAGUCUCAGGUUUCUCAGCCGGCCAUGCAGCAGCACCCCAUGGGCCACAACGGAACAGUGACUGCCGCCUACCAUAUGACAGCGGCAGGGGUCCCCCAGCUCUCCCAUGCUACGAUGGGGGGCUAUUGCAAUGGGAACCUGGGCAACAUGAGCGAGCUGCCGCCUUACCAGGAGACCAUGAGGAACAGCGCUUCGGCGACAGGAUGGUACGGCACCAACCCGGAUCCCCGCUUUUCCUCAAUCUCCCGCUUCAUGGCGCCGUCCUCGGGCAUGAACAUGGGAGGCAUGGGCAGCCUCGGCUCCCUGGGAGACGUGAGCAAGAGCAUGGCCCCGCUCCAGAGCACGCCGCGGAGGAAACGGAGGGUCCUUUUUUCGCAGGCCCAGGUUUACGAGCUGGAGAGACGUUUCAAGCAACAAAAAUACCUCUCCGCCCCGGAGAGGGAACAUUUAGCCAGCAUGAUACAUCUCACCCCGACUCAGGUCAAAAUCUGGUUCCAGAAUCACCGCUACAAGAUGAAACGCCAGGCCAAAGACAAGGCUGCGCAGCAGCAGAUGCAACAGGAGAACGGCUCCUGCCAGCAGCAGCAGUCUCCCAGAAGGGUGGCAGUGCCAGUGCUUGUGAAGGAUGGCAAGCCCUGCCAAGCAGGCUCCAACACACCCACAGCAGCUAUCCAGAGCCAUCAGCAGCAGGCAGCUACAACGAUCACAGUGGCUACCAAUGGCAACAGCCUCGGACAGCAUCAGAGCCACCAGACAAACAGUGCGGGGCAGUCUCCAGACAUGGGACAGCACUCGGCCAGCCCUUCCUCUCUGCAGAGCCAAGUCUCCAGUUUGUCUCACCUAAACUCUUCUACUUCUGACUAUGGCACUGCCAUGUCUUGCUCCACCUUGCUAUACGGUAGGACCUGGUAAAAGGAUUAAACAAAGAAAAAGAAAAAAAAAAAAAAGGCAAAAAGAAAAAAGAAAAAAAAAACCCCAACAGAUUUUCCCAGUUACACAAAUCUCUGUCCUCUCCAAACUACUGUGUGCUUUUUUUCUUCUUCGUUUUUUUUUUCUUUUAUUUCUUUUUUUUAAUUAUUAUUAUUUUUUUUUAUUCCAUUUUAAUGCUCUUCUCCCUUUCCCCCGUUUUACUGAGUGGUCUUUGCGGACCUCUAAGAGAGAGAGACACUUUUUUGUUCCAUUUUAUUGUUACUGUUGAUGGUUUUGGGUCUUUAUGUUUUUUCUCCCCCAAAGUUGUCCUAUGGGGUGUAUAAAAAUAUUCAGACUAAUAACCAUGGAGCAGUUUGCAGAAAGGGGACCAUCUUUAGGCAUGGUCUGAAGACUUGGAUAUCAGAUGUACACUUUGCCAGCGUUUAGGACUUGCAUGUAAAUAUAUAGAUUUUGGGGGAUGGGGUGGUUUUCCCCCCAAAAAAACGCAUUCGCGUCACUCAGAUACAAGAAGCAGCUUCCCCCUCCCCGGUCUCUCCCAGCCCGCCGCCAGGGCCAGCGGAUGGAGACGUGGAGUCAUCAAAGGCUUGGCUUUUAUUUUCCUCCUUACGUUUGAUGUGAACCUGUAGCUGUAUAAUGCUGUCAAAAGUUGGACUAAACCCAUAGUUUUUAGUAGCCUGUAUAUUUUGUUGUAAAAAGAAAAGGAAAAAAAUACAAUCAACCAAACCAACCCCCACCUUUUUUAUGGACACUGAUCACCCCGUCGUAAAUCCUCUGGCAGUUUGUUAUUUGCGCACGCCGCCUUUUCCUGUUGUAACUUAUGUAGAUAUUUGGCUUAAAUAUAGUUCCUAAGAAGCUUCUAAUAAAUUAUACACAU